AUGUCGAGGAGACAUCUCCGGCUAAGGAUAGACUACGACCCGUUCUAUAAGGGGAAACGGAUGAAGCUCCGGGGCAAAGAGUUGACGGAGAUCCCGAUUGGGAUAUUCAAUCUGACGGAGCUCGAGAUACUCGACAUGAGUCCCCAGCGGGAAUCUUGUCUGAAUUUCCGCUUGAUGGAGGUGCCCCGAGAAAUUCGGAAACUGUCAAACCUACGCGUGCUCUGCUUGGACACGAAUGACCUGACGGAUAUCCCGACAGAGGUGUGCUUUCUGAGAAACCUGGAGAGGUUGUCUAUUAGCAACAACCUUUUAACCUCGUUACCAUCGGAAUUUACGCAGUUGCAAAAAUUGAAAAGUUUACACAUGGCUAACAACUAUUUCGACACCAUACCGCUAGAGGUGUGUAAUCUCGAAGGCCUCGAGUUCUUGGACGCUAGCGACAACAAAAUUAGGAGUAUCCCCGAAGAGAUCGGUUUUCUGACACAGCUAGUGACUCUCGGCCUACUCUACAAUUUCUUAGAACGUCUCCCGGACGGUAUGUGCAAAUGCGUGCGACUGAGAAGUCUUUGGCUCGGGAAAAAUAAACUUCAGAGUCUCCCGCGCAACUUCGGUCGCCUGAGAGAACUCGACUGGACCGAUUACCAGAACUCGUCGAAUUUAGAAGGGAAUCCGUUAAAACACCCGCCUAUCGAUAUAGCUCGUAAGGGCCCCGAAGAGAUCGCUAAUUAUUUCCAGUUGAAUGAUGAGAUCGACUCGUGGCAAGAAGACGACGAAGACGAGGAUCAAUCCGGCACAUCGUUACCGAUGACAAAUGGCAGCUUUUAG